AUGUUUCAGAUGCCGGCAUUGCUACAUUGUAGCAACGGUCAGAAGGAAGGUCAAUACGUGCCCGACAACAGUGGACAAUAUAGAACUGAUGGUGCAGGUUCAUACACACAAGACGGCAGUGGACAAUACAUAUCUGACGCUUCAGGUUCUUACUCACCAGACGGCAGUGGCGCGUAUCGACCAGACGAUUCAGGCUCUUAUCGCAGAGGCCCAGAAGGUCAAUACAAUCCAGACGGAUCAGGUCAAUACAUUCCCGAUGACCGAGGAAGAUAUAUUCACAUUGAAGGGCCGUCAAACAACUUCAUGGGACCAACAGGAGGAUUUGGUGGAGUCGGAGGCUUCGGCGGUGUAGGCGGUUUCGGCGGAUUCGGAGGUAGAGGACCAGGAGGACCCGGCGGACCCGGCGGACCACCAGGACCACCCGGCCCACCUGGCCCACCAGGCCCACCUGGACCACCAGGACCACCUGGUCGUUACCGUCCUGGCCCACCAGGACCACCAGGACCACCAGGACCACCUGGAAGAGGACCACCACCAAAAUUAGUUGUUGACGCUUAUGUUUCGAAAUAUUUGCCUCCAAAGCAGACGAAGGAAUAUUUGCCACCAAAGUCAGCACCUAAAGCAGCCCCAAAACCAGCACCAAAGGCAGCACCUAAACCAGCACCAAAGGCAGCUCCAAAGCCAGCCCCUGUUAUAGCUAAGAAAUCAGACAGAGAAUAUUUGCCACCAGCACCAACUAGAGCAGCACCCCCUAAGCCUAAAGCAGCACCCCCUAAACCAAAAGCAGCGCCUCCAAAGCCAAAGGCAGCCCCUCCAAAGCCAGUUGUAAAGGCAGAAAAGGAAUACUUGCCACCCAAGCCUAAAGCAGCGCCACCCAAGCCUAAAGCAGCACCUCCCAAGCCUAAAGCAGCACCACCCAAGCCUAAAGCAACACCAACGAAACCAGCACCUAGAAAAGCACCGCCAGUGUCAACACCUGCUCCAACGUAUCUUCCUUCAUCAUAG